UUACGUUCGUUACCUGACAGUUUGACACUUCGGUAGUCAAAAUUAUAGCUAUUUUUAUUAGAAUUUCAUAGAGUCAACAACAAUUCCACUCAACAUGGACCCUUUCGUAAACCAUUGCCGACUGUGCCGUGCGGAGAACGUUCCAACGGAAAGCUGGCCACUGCUGACUCAAUCUGGCAACGAGCACCUGCUGGAAAAGAUUGAAGCCUGCUCCAGUGUGCAGAUACGGGCGGAUGACGGCUUGCCACAACGGAUUUGCUGGCGCUGUGAAGCAUCGCUGGACCAUGCCAACAGCUUCCGGCUGCAGUGCCAGGAAGCGGACACUUGGUGGAGGUUUAAUUUCGAGGAAAACGAAGGCAAACUUGCUGCGAUUGCAUCGGUCUUUGUUAAACCGGAAGUAGAAGAGGAGCUUGAUGCGGACGAUAGUAGUGGACAUCCGAUGAGGGUGGAAACGGUUCUCAAGAAGGAACCUAUGAAAUUUGAAGAUUCCGCUUACGAACCAGCCCAAAACGAGCCAAGCACAGAGGAACGAGAAGCAGAUUCGAAGGAGGAGAAGGCGACACCAAAGAAGAAAAUUCGGAAAGAAUUCCGAUGCGAUGUUUGUUCUCGGAAGUUAGCCAACAAGCAAAACCUCCAAGAGCACAUGAGUCUACACAGCGGAGUCCAGACCUUUGAGUGUUCAGAGUGCGACAGCAAAUUCUUCUGUGCAGCUGGUCUUAAGCGGCACGUGGACAGGAAACACCCGGAUCACCAGCCAUUUCAAUGUGACAAAUGUGACCGAAAGUACACAAAGAAAUCUCAUCUCUUGGAGCACCAAAAUACACAUUCGGAUGCGAGACCGUACAGCUGCAAACUCUGUCCCAUGGCGUUUAAGACCAAAACCAAUCUAAACGGUCACAUGCGAUGGGUACACCAACCGGAGGAGGUCAGGGAAGAGUUGAAGAAGAAGAGUGAACGAAUUUGCGUAUGUUCCUACUGCGGCAAGAUUUCCAAGUCGGUCUCGCUUCAUAAGAAACAUCUGAUAACUCACACAGGAGAGAAAAAAUACGAAUGCCAGAUCUGCAACAAGCGGUUUACGGCACUCUGGUCCCACCGUAAACAUAUGUGGACACAUACAGGCGAGAGACCUUACCAGUGCGAGUUCUGCCAGAAGGCGUUCCGCGACAAACAACAUUUGACUACGCACAUCCGUGGAGUCCAUACCAACGAGCGGCCCUUCCAGUGUCGUUUAUGUCCGAAGGCGUUCGUAACCCGAAAGAACAUGCAGGUCCACGAGAGGACGCACGGAGAUCCGGUGCUACAGGCCCAGUCAUAACGGUAAGGGUCAUGUGAUAAACACUAUCGUAAAUAAAAUUACCAUCUUCUUCAACUUA